AUGUCUUCUCUUAUACCAAACAACGCAUCUGACAUCAUCGACCAAUAUAUCUCCCGCUUGAAAACUAUGGAUCGUCGCCAUAUGGGUAUCAUCGCUGGAUCAGUCGCCGUCGUAUCGCUAUACACCUUAUACCGCCGCGUAACCAAAUCAAGAGAUGACAUCCCACUUGUGCCCUACACUUGGCCUCUCAUUGGUUCCACACCCUCCUUCAACCGUGAUCCUGUGGCGUUCGUCGAAAAAUGGAGUCAAGAGUAUGGUCCUGUUUUCCGUGCUCACCUUCAAGGACGAAUCCAAACCAUCAUUGCUGCGGAAUAUGUCCGUGAUAUUUUCAUGAAUGGUGAUUUCGACUUUAUCUUUUCAGUGAACAAGCGAUUCGAUCCACAUUUGUUGGCUGAUAUCGAUGACAACACCUUCACCAUCGAAAUGCUACGCAAGGUCGUGAUGAAGCUCACCACACAGCUCAAGUCUUACACUCCUCGAGCUGUGGAAUUCCUCGAUGUGGGUCGUGAAGAGUUCUUAACCAACUUCCCCGCAGGACCUGUACAUUUGCCACACCUUUAUCCUUUGGUCCAGCAUAUGGUCGGCAAGGCUAGUGCAGCCAUUUUCGCAGGAACCAAGCUUGCCAGCAUCCCCGAAGUUGUUGAAAGCUUCAAAAACAUUACCACCGAGGUGGGCGCUGAAAUUGCUAUCGAUAGUGUAUUCUUGGAAAGAUACUGGGGUCUCAAUCGUUUCCGCAUGUGGCUCAUGGGUAAAUUCUCCAAGAGCAUGAAGAGACAUCAUCAUGUCCUUAAGAGUGCUUUACGUCCCGAGAUUAAAAAUCGCAUCAAAGCUGCCUCUGACCCUUCAUGGGAACGACCUGACGACAUGCUGCAGAUCAUCAUUGAAACAUACUAUACCGAGCGCCAUGGUGAAAGCGUGGAUGAACUCACUGAAGAUCUUGUAAAAUGGCUCAUCGCACUUAUUUUUGCUGCUAUCCAUACAACAAGCGAAAAUUCGACUGUGGUUCUUUAUCGUAUUCUUUCCAAGCCAGGUGUCGUUGAAGAACUUCUUGAAGAGCAACGAGAGGUGCUUGUACAACAUGGCAUUUCGCCUGAUGAAAAGGACCCAUCCAAGAUGUUUACUGGCGCAGUAAUCAAGGACCUCGUCAAAUUGGAUAGUGCUUGCCGAGAAGGCAUGCGUAUGAGAAAUGAUUAUUUGACGCUUGGUCACACCUAUCUCGGCAAGAAACCCAUUACACUUAGUUGCGGAGCUGUCAUCAAGCCAGGCGAGGAUGUUAUUAUCAACACUUGGUAUAACCAUCGAAACAACAGCAUCCAAAAGAUUCAAGGAGAUGAUUACACAAACUACAACCCAUUCCGAUUUGUUGGAUCGGAUCGUCAAGCAGCAAGGAUUGGUGAUGAUUUCUUGGUCUUUGGUGAAGGCAAACAUGCUUGCCCUGGCCGUUGGUUUGCAUUGCAAGAGAUGAAGACCAUUAUUUCGUUCCUUAUUCGCGACUAUAAGAUGGCUCCUGAAGGUCCUAUUACAUUCCCAAAGAAUCCAAAAAUGACUCUGCCUAUGGGACAAGUCAUUCUUGAAGCAAGGCACUAA